AAAAUUUAGAACAGGGUCGUAGACGAUUACAUAGAGCACAAUUUUCAAAAAAUUGUAGAACCACUGAUAGCGAAAACAAUAUCGAAAAAAUGAAAAAUAAAUCGGAUGUAAUACCACCACUAUUAUCCAAAUCUCGAAUUAGGGAUAUUCUUCAUGAUAGACUCCCAAUGUGUUAUGAUUCUGAAAUUUCAAGAGUAGAUACACUCGCAGAUACACGACCAAAGCCGAAGUCUCGAUUUAGGAAAAUUCAAGUAAUUUCAAGUGAUACAGACAGUGAAAAUGAGGAAAACAGAUCUACUUAUUCCAUAGGUUUGAUACCACGAAAAAGGUCCAGGUCACACGAAAAGUUUGUUGAAAACAAUCCAAAGAAACAAUUAAUUGAAAACAUGGAGUUAAUGCAAAGUGAGGAUAACAUUGAGUUAAAUUUACUAACUCCUAACAGAAGACGGCCAUCAUGUGCCACCAUGUCGCAACAGUUAACUUCAUCAAUAAAAGAAAACACCAAAGAACUCAGGGGUGAAAAAGUAUCCAAUGAGAUCGAGUCAAUUGAUGAUAGCGACGCACAGAUAGCUCAUCGCGACACAUUCGAAACGGCGUACUUUGCGACAAUAAGUAGGGCUAGAGGCUUAAUGCGACCGGCUCCGGGCGAACGGCCACGGACGGAUACAAAUCAUACGUGCAAUACUCAGAACAUAAAAUUGCCUGCGCUGAAGCUGCCAGAGUUCGGCGGGGAAUACGAAAGGUGGAUUCAAUUUAACGACACCUUUCAUGCCAUCAUACACAAUAAUGAUACGUUAACCACGACUCAAAAAUUUUAUUAUUUAAGAUCAUGCUUGAGCGGGGAGGCCGCUCGGGCGUUAGAUACUUUAGAGGCAUCGGACGCGAAUUAUGGCGUCGCUUGGGACAUUUUGAGAGCAAGAUUCGAAAACAAGAGUAUCAUUGUGCAUAAUCACUUGCGAGCGUUAUUCGAACUGCCGCAAAUAAGUAAGGAUUCAUAUGUGUCAUUAAGGGCUUUGUACGAUGGUAUGUCUCAGCAUUUGAGAGCGCUAGAAUCGUUGGGUCAACCAGUUAGAAGUUGGGAUUCAAUAAUUAUUUUUCUUCUAGCAUCUAAACUAGAUUCGGCAUCACGUAGCGAGUGGGAAAAGGCAACAGUAAGGCACAACGAAUUGCCUAAAUUAGAUGAUUUCAAGACGUUCUUGAAUCAACGUUGCCAAAUUCUCGAGCGGUUGUCCAAGGACAACAAGCAGUUGGACAAAGGGACUGUAGCUAAGGGUAUAAAGGAUAAAGCGAAGGGUUCACUAGCUCAUUUAGCUUCAAACGCAAUUAAGUGUGCAUUCUGUAAAGGCUCGCACAGUAUAUACGCAUGCAAGGAUGUGCUCGGAUUAUCCGUUGACAAACGUUUAGCGCAGGUUAAAAAAUUAAACUUGUGUACGAAUUGUCUUCGAAAUAAUCACUUUAAUAAAGACUGUCAAGCAGGCGGUUGUAAAACUUGUGGCGGUAGACACAAUACGUUACUACAUUUUGGCGCGACGAAAACCAAGCAGGAAGCGAAUGUCCAGUCAAGCGGUAAUGUAAACAAUAACAGCGAUAACGAUAAGAUGGGAGGCAGCCAAGAAACAGCAGUAACUACUCACGCGGUACAUGCCGAUCAAAAUACGUAUGUCCUACUGGCAACGGCGAAGGUUAUAAUAUACGACGGCAAUGGGGGAUCGCACGUAUGCAGAGCUUUGUUAGACAGCGGUUCCCAAUCUAAUUUCAUGACGAAGCAAUUAGCUCAAACAUUGAAGCUGCCAUUGACAUCCAUUAGACUUCCGAUUCGCGGGGUUAAUCAAAGCGUAACAAGUAUAUCGCACAGAACCACGGCAUCAGUAGGGUCGAUGUACAAUAAUUAUAGGGCCAAGCUAUCAUAUUUAGUAGUGGGAAAUAUUACUCAGGAACUGCCCAAUAGACGCUAUAACAUUGCUGCGUUAAACAUACCAGAGGGUCUCGCAUUAGCGGACCCGCAAUUCAAUUGUCCCGAGAAAGUGGACUUACUAUUAGGCGCGAACAUGUUUUGGGAAUUACUCUGUGUUGGGCAGAUCCGAUUGGGAAGGGAGAAGCCGGUGCUUCAGAAAACCAAAUUGGGAUGGAUAGUGUCAGGGCCUAUAGCACCAACGUAUAAGAAAGCGGAAUCGUGGUGCCACCUCAACGCGGUUCAUGAGUUACGCGAUAAUCUAGAGCGCUUUUGGGAAAUUGAGGAAUGCGCGCCGGCGUCGCAGUUGACGACGGAAGAAUCGGAAUGUGAAUCGUUGUUUACUGAAACCACGAAGCGUGAUGAAAACGGACGAUUUACCGUGCAUUUACCAUUUAGAGCAAACACGGAUAAGCUAGGGGAAUCAUUGAAUAUAGCAAUGAAGCGAUUCUAUGCUUUGGAAAGGCGAUUGGCUAAAAAUCCAGUUCUUAAGGAGCAUUAUACUAACUUUAUGAAGGAAUAUCAGGACUUGGGUCAUAUGACGGAGAUCAUUCGGGACAAGGAUGAUCACGGUUCGGCUUGUUAUAUACCCCAUCACAGCGUGUUAAAGGAUUCAAGCACCACCACUAGAGUCCGUGUAGUUUUUGAUGCCUCGGCCAAAACUUCAUCGAACGUGGCGUUAAAUGAUGUUUUAAGGGUGGGUCCAGUCAUUCAGGAUGACUUAUUAGCAAUACUACUCAGGUUUCGAAUACAUAG